AAAUUCUCUAUUUUCGAUUUGACUUCAGUGUAUUUUGUUCAUUAUUUUGGGAUUUUUCCGGUCUAUUUUCAAUUUAGCUUUAAUCUUAAUCUAUAACACAUUGACGGGAAUCCCAAAAUGUCUGGACAGGACAACCCUUUGUUGACCAUGGGUACCACGAAGAAGUAUGACAUUCCAGUCGCCCAUUUAGAUUACAAGUACAUUGACGAGUGCAGUGAUGUAAAGUAUCUGGAAAAGAUACUCAAAGUAUUGAGAUCUGGAGUGGAAGGGAGGUACCCAGAAAUGGAGAAGCAGUGUGAGGAUAAGAUAGAAAAACUUAAUCCUGCAAGCCGGAUUCUGAGAAAGGACAAUCCAGUGAAGAAGAUAAGUGAGAUUGACCGAGAUGAAGGACAUUCUUUACAAAAAGAUCUUCAGAACUGGACAUCAGAUAUAAAGGAGAUGGAAGGAUCAGUCAAUGGCGUGUCAGAAUUUGAUGAUGAGAGUCUUCCACCAAUAAGAUCAGGAGCCAUAUCUACAAGUGGAAAACCAGUCCAGGCUGAGAAAAACAAAGAAAACAAAAAGCCAGCAAUGCCCCGCAGCUACAAAGAAUGGGACAAGUUUGAUAUUGACAAAGAAUUGGAAGCUGCAGAAAAAGAAAAACCGAGAGAGACAGGCAAAUCUUCAGCACAGCCUGUCAUAGAAGAUAUCAUAGACUCUACAGGAAUGUCAGAGAGGGAAAAAGAAAUGAAAGCAAACAGAGAAAAAGACAAAGGAAAUGAGGCCUUCAGAUCAGGAGAUUACCAAGAAGCGAUAUCAUACUACUCCAGGAGUAUAUCCCUGCUACCUACCCCUCCCUCCUAUAACAACAGGGCUCUGGCUUAUUUGAAGACUAAGGAAUGGAUGAAGGCCGAAACAGAUUGCAACAAAGUUCUCUCAUGGGAGCCCAAAAAUAUCAAAGCCUUGUUGAGGAGAGGAUCGGCUAGAAUGGGGAAGAAAUGUUUUAGCGAGGCCAUGACUGACUUUCAGUAUGUGUUGGAGUUAGAACCAAAGAACAAAAGAGCGCAGGAACUUAUUGAGGAGCUGAAGAAGACAGAAGUUAAAGCAGAGGAGGAGAAGAAGCAGAGGAAGGAGAAAGGGAGGAGGAUGGUUAUUGAGGAGGUGGAGGAGGAAGAGGAAGAAUCAGCUGAUGAGGAGAUAGUCAUAGAAGAGGUAAGGCCACUGUCAGCAGAUGAAGAGAUUGUUAUUGAGGAGGACAAGAGUUUUGCAAAGAAGAAGGAAACGGUCAGUGUCAAAUCGCAAGAACUGAAUAAGAACAAAACAGGUCCCAGUGAAAGCAGCAAGAAAGAAGAAAAACCAUUGGUUAAUGGUUUCCAUGAAUCCUCAAAUCAAAAAAGUGAUAACAAAGAUAUAUGGGAAGAGGAAGAAGUACCUAUAAAAGGCAGUCAGGACUUUGUAACAUUAAAAACUAAGCCAGAACUUGUGGAGAACUCUAGUAAAAGUGAAAGUACACAAGCAAUACCUUCACAAAAUUCCAUUCAGCAAAGUGAAAGUAGUGGACCUACCCCACCAGAGAUUGAAAAUUCUGAGAAUGAGAACAUUGCCAAUGCUUCUUUAGAAGGUACAAGGAUAGAACAGCCAGAGUCUAGUGGUGCAGUGGUACCAAAGCCAGCAGAGGAGGUGGCGCUAGUGAGACCAGUGUUUGUACAACAUCCGUUACCUGGUCCCAUCGCUAAACUCCGAGAGGAAGGGAACCAGUUAUUCAGAGAGGGUCAAUACGGGGAGGCAAUACAAAAAUAUACUCAGGCCCUAGAAAGACUCCAGAAAGAAAAAACAGACCAAAUAGUGAACAAGUCCUUGAUCCACAGUAACCGUGCAGCCUGCUAUCUUAAGACAGGGGACUGUUCCACAGCUGUAAAGGACUGUACAUCGUCACUAGAACUGGUGCCUCACUCUAUAAAACCUCUGUUGAGACGGGGCAAUGCCUUCGAAAUGUUAGAAAAUUUCAGGAAGGCCUAUGUAGACUACAAACAUGUUCUAAAUAUAGACAGCAGUAUAGACAUCGCUCAUCAAGGCUCCUCCAGAUGUCACAAUCAUCUGAAAUCAGUGGAUGGUCCACAUUGGAGAGAUAAAAUCCCUAAAAUCCCAUCAGUUUUACCCUGGGAGAUCCCAGACAUACGGACUCCAGAGGGAGCCACCAGUGUUCCUCCCACCCUGUCAUCAGUGUCCACGUCAUCUCAGAGGUCAUCAUCCUCAUCAUCACAACCAUCAUCAGCCACUUCAUCAUCAACAUCAUCAUCAUCAUCAUCAGGAAGCCAGAUACCCAGUGAUUCACCCACAAAACCUGUGAAAAAGGAGUCAUUUGAUGAGAUUAAGAGCAGGGGGAAUGAGCAUGUUAAGAAUUCAGAGUUUAAGCCAGCUAUAGAGUGCUACACCCGCUGUAUAGAGUUAGAUCCCAGACAGACUGUCAGCUACACCAAUCGGGCGCUGUGUUACAUCCGAAUCAACCAACCAGAGCAAGCGGAACAGGACUGUACCACGGCACUGUCUAUAGAAGAGGACAAUGUGAAAGCUCUGUUUAGGAGGGCACAGGCCAAAAAGAUGCUUAAGAAGUUCAAAGACAGUUUAAGUGACUUGGUUCACUUACUAAGGGUUGACAACAAAAAUACAGCUGCCAAACGAGAAUUAGAACUUGUCAAGGACUACUGGCGAGAGGAAUUAAAGUCACGUCCACCUCAAAGCUCCAGCAGUGAUUCAAAUGAAGAGGAGGCAGCAAAGCCAUCUAAUGAGGAUAAGAAGUCAAAGGUGAAAGGUCAAUCAUCAGCCAAUCAGAAAUCUUCUCAGCCCCAAGCAAGUUCAAAAGGAAGUUUGCCAAAAUCUAAACAUCAGGAAUCCAGCAAGAGUGAAGAAAAGCCUGAGCCAAAGAAGGGGAAACAGAAAACCAGGAAGCGAAUGGUUAUAGAGGAAGUGGAGUCAGAAGACAAACAAGAGGAAUGUAAACAAGGGACUCCAAAGGAGACACAGAAAUCAUCCAAUCAGCCCAGUGUAAAACAAACCACCCAGGAAGCUGGUGUCGGUCCUAAACAAACCGGUUCCUCCCCUAGUCAACAACCUGGUGCCAAGGCCAAACCAGCUGACCACUCAAGUCAUCAAGAACCGAAGUCUAAAAAGAAAGGCAAGAAAAACAAGUCUACAGUGGAACAAACAUCAUCGCAAAAAUCCUCAGAAACGUCGUCGGCUACAUCAGAGAAAUCAUCAACUUCACAACAAUCAUCAUCCACUCCGGUGCCUCCCAGUAAAGCCAGUCAGAAAUCCGGUAUUAAACCGACCAGUACCGGACUUCCUGUGGUACCCCCGGCUGCGCCAAAGUUAGAGAAGGCCACUCCUUACGAGUUCAUUCAGGCGUGGAAUUCCCUGAAGAAUGUGACAGACACACAACCGUAUGCUGAUUUGUUAAGACAGAUUUCCCCCAAAGAUCUACCUCAAGUUAUAAGUAAUAAACUUGAUGGGCCAAUGCUGAACAAAAUCACAAAGUGUGUGGCAGAAAAAUUCAUCACCCAAGGUGAUGUGGAUUUGAGCUACAGUGUUCUGUAUCAUUUAACCAAGGUUCCACGAUUUUCUAUGAAUGCCAUGUUUUUAUCUACCGCUGAAAAGAAAGAUAUCCAGACUGUCAUUUCAAAUCUACAGAAAUCCCCCUCUGGACUAUUUGGUAACAAGGAGCUGUCCAGUCUGAAAAAAGAAUAUGGUGUUUAAUUGAAAAACAGUUAAAAGAUUAUACAGAAUCAAUACAAAAAUAAUGUCUUCAUUUUUUCAGUUACGAUUUCAAUUUGUUUCUUUUUGAUAAAAGAUUUUAAUUUUACAUAUCUAGAUUUGCUGUACUUUGAAAAUGGUCAUAAAGAUGUGUUUGCAAAUAUUCAUAUUUACAUGACUGCACUGUUAAAAGAAACAUGACUGCACUUUUAAAUCUGGUGCAUGCAUGUCAAACAAAGACCUUGAACUGACAUAAUAUGCAUUGUUUGUUAUAAAAUAUUUUCUCUAUGUAUAUUUCAUAAAAAAGUGUUUUAAUGAUCCCAAUAUUAUGCAAUCUGUUGCACUUGCUGUGAAUCAUUAUGAAAAAUUAUGUGCUUGCUCUUUUGUUUUGCUGUUACGAGCUCUGAUGUUUUUAGAAUGGUACGACUUUCUGUGAAGUGAUUAUGAAAUUAGAAUGGCCUGUACCCUGUGUGUGGUUGUUACAGAUGAUGCUGUAGAUUUGUGAGAUUUUUUUUCUCCCUCGGUUUUAAGCUGUGCGUGCCUUUCCAUACGAGACACUACAGGUGUUUGUCAUACUUUAUCUUAUUCACGUGUGGUAUUUACUGUCUUAGGUCUGUAAUUACUUCCCUGAUUAAUUAAUUAAUUUCCAUAUUAUAUUGCUCUUGUUUCCUUCAUCAAAUCUAUCUUUUGACAUUUAAUUUUUUUUUCAGACAAUGAGUAAUAUUAGCAAAACUCCCAUUUUUUUUAGGAGCAUAUAAUGUGUUUUUUUCUUUUUUGUUUUGCCUUAUUAAUUUUCACACUGUUUCAGUGGAUAUUUUUUGUCAAGUUGCAUUAAAUGUUAGAAAAGGUGUCUGCUACAGUUAUAAUGAGCAUACUAAUGUGGUAUUAAUGGGUAUGAUUCAUUAAUAAAAACGGCUAUAUAAAGCCACAUGUACAAGUUUUGGUUGGUUUAAUUUGUUGAUAAAAAACAAUGCUGUAACCACACUUUUGUAAAUGAAUGUUGUGCUUGGUGCAACAUGUAUCUAAUAAAAAAUAAUCAGGUUGUACAUUUUGUGAUCCACCCUACUUGUAUCGAAUUAGAAAUCAGGUUCUACAUUAAAUGACAAUAUUGAACAUUAUAUAUGUAUGAAAAUUUGCUUCAGGUUUCUGGCUUAAGUUAAAUACAUGUAUACUUCUUACUUUCUAUUAUACUGAGCAUCUUCAAGUGUGUCAUUGUACAUUAAUGAGUUAAAGAGGAUUUUAGAUUUCGUUUUCCAUUAAAUAAUGUCAACUGAAACAACAUGUUGUGAAAUGACAAUUUAUUAAUUUUUCCCUUAUCUAAUUAUGAAGUCAAAGAUAUCUGGAGGGGCAUUUUUGUCAUUUCUUAAAAAAAAAUCAUUUCACUCCAGUGUGUAAUGAUGUUAAAGCUUUAUUUCUUCAAAAUGAAUUAACCUUUGAAAAAAUGACUGUACAUUCUUUCAUUCUUUUGUUUGUUUCAUUAAACUUAGCAGGAAAUACCAUCAUAAGGAAUUUAGGAUCGGGCCAUCAUGAUAAAUAAUAAUCACAAGUCCCACUGGAUAAAAAGUGCUAAAAUCAUAGGGGCUUUUUUUUCUCUUCAAUUAGACCAAUGCAGGAUAUAUGUAGCUUUUUCACAUUUGAGUAUAAAUCAUAAGACAUUUCACAUUUUUGAGUGUUCAUAAUAAUCAAUCUGUUCAAAUGUCUAAAAAUAGCUCUUACCUGUGUGGUCCAUUAAAAUUUAUCUGUGUCAUUGAAACGAUAACUGCAGGUAAUACUAAUGCAAUCCUAUUGCAAUGUUGCUUGAAAAUUCUUAAGUAAUUUUGUUAGAAUAUACAUAUAUAUUGUUAUUUGUUUGCUACUAAUAAUUUAUGUUAUAAACUAAUUGCAUAUUGAAUGUUCUAAUCUUGAGUACUUGAGUGAUUCUUGUAUUUUGACAAUAUAUUUAUUCCUGUAAAAUUGAUUCUACGAAAGAAUUCCUAUUUGGAGAAAAAAGCAAUACAGAUGUAUAUAUUGAUAUAUGUAUAUUUUUUAAAGGAAUACAGGUUCUAUGGAAGAGUGUGUCAGUCUGUUUGUUUGUUGUCACAAUUGAUUUGUGUUCAUCUUGUCAUAUCAUGGAAUAUAUUGUCUUUGAAUGACAUUAAACAUUAAAACAAAUCCA